AUGGUCAAGCAUUUCGCCGGAGUCAGCAGCCCCGAGCAAGGUCUGAACACUUUGCGAACAACAUACGACGGGAUUCCAGCUGUCUCCCACCACCACACCCUCACAGACAUUCUGGGAGAAGAAUGGGGCUACCACUACGUUGUCAUGACAGAUGCCGGCGGCAGCGACAGGGUGUGCAGCUACUUCAAGCUCUGA